AUGCUUCUUCGUCUGCCGCCUAGCCUACACUAUCCGAUCAAGGUCACCCAGCUGCUCAAAGAGCCUGGGGACGAAAUCAAACGCGAUGAGGCCUUGUUCUGGUAUGUGUACUCGACCAUCGUCGAAGAGGGUGAUGGCCUGGGCAACAGAGUGAAGGUAGAGCGCAAGUUUCCGACGCGCUUUGAAUCGACGGCUGAUGGCACGAUCGAAGAUUGGAGGAUCACCAAAGGUGAUAUCAUCGAUGAACCAGUUGAUGUGGUGGAAAUUAAUGAGCCAUGUUCCCAUGGACUACAGUUCGGCGGCAUGUGUGCUGAAUGUGGGAAGGAUAUGACCGAGUCGAGCUACAAUACUGAAGUUACGGACUCGAUGCGUGCUCCUAUCCAGAUGGCCCAUGAUAAUACACAAUUGACCGUCAGCCAGAAUGAAGCUGCUCGCUUGGAGGAGGAUGCGAAGCGCCGGCUCCUGGCAUCUCGUCGCCUGUCGCUCGUGGUGGAUUUGGACCAGACUAUUAUCCAUGCUACUGUUGAUCCGACGGUGGGAGAAUGGAAGGAAGACAAGGAGAAUCCGAACUACGAGGCAUUGAAGGGCGUGAAGCAGUUUCAGUUGAUCGACGAUGGUCCGGGCAUGCGUGGCUGCUGGUACUACAUCAAGCUACGACCGGGCCUGGAGGAAUUCUUAGAGAACGUCUCCCAACUCUACGAGCUGCACAUCUAUACUAUGGGCACUCGAGCCUAUGCUCAGAACAUCGCCGACAUUAUUGAUCCCACGCGAAAGCUCUUUGGAGACCGAAUUCUCAGCCGAGAUGAAAGUGGCAGCUUGACCGCGAAGAAUCUGCAGCGCUUGUUCCCAGUUGACACCAAAAUGGUUGUUAUCAUUGAUGACCGGGGUGACGUCUGGCGCUGGAACCCCAACCUCAUCAAGGUGACUCCCUACGACUUCUUUGUUGGAAUUGGCGAUAUCAAUUCCAGCUUCUUGCCCAAAAAGCAAGACAUUGGCACGACGAACAACAAGCCUAUCAAGCCCGCCAAACCCGAUCCAAAAGAACACCAUGUUAACGGGGCAACCGCGAAAACAGCUGAUGGAACCGAAGUCUCAGCGCUGGAGCAGCUGGUGACAAUGGGAGGUGGGGAUAACCCCAGUCUCCUUCGAGAGCAGACUAAUGCCCAAGAGGAAACAAUUUUGCAGCAGGUCGAAGAUCGCCCUCUUUUACAGAAGCAGAAGGAGUUGGAUGCGGAAGAUGAUCCUUCCUCUAGCGAACCAAGUGAAUCAUUUUCCAGCGUCGACGAAUCGCAAGAUAACAAACAGCGACAUCAUCUUUUGGAGGAUCAUGACCUGGAGUUGUUCCAUCUUAAUGACCGACUGCAGCAGAUCCACACCGAAUUCUUCAACGAGUAUGAUAGCAAGCGCUCUCAUGCGCUGAAGAGUCGGGUUGCAGAUCUGCGGGGCGAGAAAGCUACAACGAAAGAUCGGGACGUGGAUUUGAAGCUUGUCCCCGACGUAAAGGAGAUUCUGCCCCGGAUCAAGCGGCAGGUGCUUGGUGGAGUGGUGGUGGUGUUCUCAGGCGUUCUCCCUCUCGGUACGGAUACUCAGAAUGCCGACAUUUCCUUAUGGGCGAAAAGUUUCGGUGUCUUGAUCGCCACGAGGAUCGAUAAUCGCACGACUCAUCUGGUAGCUGGGCGUAACCGUACCGCCAAGGUUCGCGAAGCUACUCGAUAUCCGGAUAUAAAGAUCGUCACGACCCAGUGGCUUCUCGACUCGCUCAUGCAGUGGACACAUCUUGCGGAAGAUCCGUAUCUGCUACCCGUGCAUCCAGAUGAUCGAGGCGAGCCUCUCUCGCCUAACUCGCGCGAGGUUGCUGAGAUUUCGUACAUGUCUGAAGACUCGGACGAGGCGACGGGCUCUGCCGGUGAUGAUGACUUCGACUCUGCAGCUUUUUCCCUCACAUCGCCCAUUGCAUAUGACGCGGAUGAGCAGCAGGCCGUGGACGACGAGUUGCGAGAGUUCCUGGGCGACGAUUUCGACGAUGUGAGCGAGACCGAGGUUAGCGAGAGUGAGGCCGGGGAUGAUGAGGACCCGGCCCAGGGCGGCACAAAGCGUAAGCGUGGCGAAGACGGCACUUCCGAUGAUGAAUCCAACGAUGAAGACGGAAGCGACUCUGAAAAGACGGGUUCCCGGUUGUCGCAGCGUAUCAAGCGGUCAUAUGAACGGAGUACCGGCCUUCGCGAAGUCUCUUCAGCUGGCGGUGUCGAGACCAGCUCUGUCGCUGCUGACAUCGGUGCAGAGGCGGGCGAUGCAGAGGCUCCAGAGGCUGGGGCCGCUGACGAUGGGUACCCCGAGAACCCUGAUGAUGACGAGGACGACCUGGAGGCGGAGAUGUUGCGUGCCUUCGAAGAUGACGUGUCUGACGGGGGAGAAGAUGAAGGAGAAGAAGAAGAAGACGAAGAAGGAGAAGAUGCCACCCCCAAGGACGCAUGA